CAAAUUGCAGAUCUUACAGCCUACAUAUCCCCAUGGCGAGGCAUUGUCGCUUCGUUAAAAAAUCGAUAGCAUUAGUACAAACGAAUUAUACAUUCAGUUUGUGUGCGUGGCUUUCUUUGGUGUGCGGAAACAAAAAAGCACAAGAGUGAAAUUCUUGUAAUAAAAAUCAAUCGGAGUGGAGCAAGGCGCCCCACAGGCGCCGGCCGGGCGCGGGGCCUCUCCCCGCUGCAUACCUAUACUCUCUACGUCAUAGAGUUCCAAUUGUUCUACCCUCGAAUGUAAUUUGUACGAAAUCGUUACUUCUUUUAUAUGUUAAUGGAAUUGAUUAAUUCUAUUUUCAAUUGUUGUAACAAGAUGGCUAUAUACUUCAUUCAUACGAGGUACAUUAAUAAUGCUCCAUAAUGAUGCAAAAUUUAAUUUUCAGAUUGAUUUUAAUAGUGAAAAUUGGAAGCUUCAUACUAUCUGGCUGAAUUAGAAGUUUGUUUGGUAAACAAUGUAUAACGUCGCUAAGUAAAUAUAGAAAUUAAAAUAUCUCGAAGCCGAUUACGCGAGGAGCGGAAGCUCGCUCCGGCCGGCAAAAAGGAAGGCGAUUGUUUUUAUUUCUUUGGCGCGGGAAAAAACUGAGCCCGCCCUGCACCUCCUAAACAUGCGCCACGCAGCGACGCAGACGAUCGGCUGUGUGAAUUCACUUUCAUUUGCGACAUCCCAUCGUUUCCCGAAGGUCACUGUGCAUUUGUUUUAACCCCACGUGUGACACGGCCGCAUUUCCCGCCGACCGUUGACCGACUAGAAGGAAAUGCCCGGUUACGGCCCGUCUCAAGUAAAGUGCGAGCCGCCUUCAGACGAAGAAGACAACUGUCAGUACGGGAACUAUUUAUACGAAACACACAAGCCAUUAAACACAGAGUAUGACGGAGAUGUGUCAGCUGAAAUGUUGGAUCAAUUACAGUUCUCAUCAGAGCUGGUGGCGGUGCCAGCGGCGCCGGCUGCGACUCCCGUGUGCGCCGCAUUGCCCGCCCCGAGGGAGGCUUCGCUGGCUCUGCUCGAGCCUGUCAAGACCCACCUGAUGCAGGGUUCGCAACUGAUGGAAAAACAUAUCUCAUUAUCGAGUGCCACAGACAUACUGGAUACAUCUGACUUUGCACCUCUUCUUCAUAUUAAGGAUGAACCGCUUUCGGAGGGUGAAGGUCAGCAGCUGAGUGGUGACGAAGCGAGUGAGGGUUCCACUCCGGAGACGAGUGGACGAGGAGCAGCCAAGGGCUGGUCUCCGCUGGACAUGGAGAAAGCCCUCGACGCGCUCAAGAAUCAUCAUAUGAGUCUCACCAAGGCCUCCUCCACCUACGGAAUACCUUCCACCACGUUGUGGCAAAGGGCCCAUCGCAUGGGCAUCGACACGCCCAAGAAAGAGGGCUCCUCCAAGUCCUGGACCGAAGACGACCUCAAGGCAGCCCUGCACGCACUCAGGACUGGAGCCAUCUCCGCCAAUAAGGCCAGCAAAGCAUACGGUAUACCUAGCAGCACCCUGUACAAGAUCGCCCGUCGCGAGGGCAUCCGCUUGGCGGCACCCUUCAACGCCGCGCCCACGUCUUGGCGAAGAGCUGACCUGCAGAGGGCUCUCGACGCCAUCCGUUGUGGCGCCGCCUCCGUGCAGCGGGCCGCUUCUCACUUCGGAAUACCCACUGGCACUUUGUACGGACGGUGUAAGCGAGAGGGCAUCGAGUUGUCCCGCUCUAACCCCACACCGUGGUCUGAGGACGCCAUGGGGGAAGCUCUCGAAGCUGUCAGAGUUGGUCAGAUGUCGAUAAACCAAGCGGCCAUCCACUUUAACCUUCCAUACUCUUCAUUGUACGGUCGUUUCAAGAGAUGCAAGUAUCAGGUGACACAGGAACACCAAGAGUAUAAAUCCCAUGAGAUCCGCCCGGAGGAUAUUCAAGAGCAGAGUCACCCUCAGGAGUACUUCCCGAGCUUCGGCUCUGAUUCAUACUUGAGCGAAGUGACAUCUAUGCAGAGCGUGCAACAACAUUACAGCCAAGCGAUGUACUACACGCAGUGCCACGUGACCAGCUGAGAAUACUCUCCCCCGAAUCAUGGGGAACAAUGAUGUCGUGGUUUCUGAUCAUUUUUUAUCCUUUUUGGUACAAAAAACCAAUACAUCAACUGAAUGUGCCAUCAAAACAGGUCAUUUGUUAAGACGGAAUUUAUUAAGUAAUUCAGCAAUUAGGUAACAGUGGUUAGUGAAUUAGGUUAGAGUAAUCGUAAGUUAUUUUAUCCGUAGUUGAUAACGAUGCGAAAUAAGGGAAACUCGUUUCAGGGAAAAUGACUAAGCGCCGACUCAGUGACUUAGUAGUCUUUGUUUUUAUCGUUUGUACAACUGAUAAGUUACAAUAGAAAUAAUCCGUGCCAUUUUAGAGUAUGUAAUAGUUAUUGGAAUCUAGUUUUCUGUUACUUUGUUAUUUGUGUAUGUAGAUUGCUAAAAUAAAAAAAGGAAUUUGAAUUAAGCUUUAUAUACUAAGAUAAAGGUAGGUCAGAUGUUGACCACAUUUUUGUCCAUUAUUGAAAUACGUAAUUUUUUGUAAUGUGAUACGUAGUUGUAGGAAAAUUCAUGCAUUCGUAGUAAGUUUCAAAUGUAAACGCCAUUUAUGAAAAUCAUUUUAUCGUAAAUAUCUGGCGUAAAAGAAUUAAACGAACUCGCUAAAGUACCAAGAGAUGGCGCUAUUAUUUCUUUUAGAGUGGUUAAUAAAGAUAGCUUUUUUAUUAUUAUUAUUAUUGAACGGCUUUGCAGUUUUUUGCUGUAGUAUAUUUAUUUGUCUUUAAAAUCAAUCGUAAAUAACCACUUGGGUCAAUUCUCUUUAUUGGGGCAAGAAUCUGCAUGCAUUAUUUUAUUGAGGGCCAUGUUUAUAAAUAUUCAACAUAACAAGUUCACUUAAGGAUAAGCUUAUUAUUAUAAUUGUCUUAAUUCAAUAUUUAUAAAAAAUUUUUAAAUGACCAUUAAGUAACUAACCAUUGCAGUUCUAAAAACGUUAAUAAAUGUUUUUAAA